AUGAGUACCUCCAUGUCUGAAGAGGAAGAAGCAUUUGGUUACGCCUGGUGUCUACGUUCGUCCGACAUGUUCUGCUUUGUCCUGGAUGCAGCCAUCCAGCUUGGUCUCUUCGAUAUCAUAGCUAAAGCAGGCCCUGGUGCACACCUUUCUUCCUCCGAAAUCGCUUCUCAGCUCAAUGCCAACAACCCCGAGGCACCUUCACUGCUGGAUCGCGUGCUACGACUGCUUGCUUGCUACGAUUUAGUUACCUGCAUAACCCGAAACCUUGAUGGAGAUGGUAAGGUUGAGAGACUGUAUGGACUUGCUCUGCCUGGUAAAGCAUUUGUUCCUGACGAAAGCAGAGGAUGCUUGGCUGGUUUUGCUAUCACCAAGGCCAAGAUAGAAGCCUACCUAUACUUGAAAGACAUGAUCCUUGAUGGUGGGAAUGUGUUUGAGAGACUGCACGGGGCGGGAAUGCCUGUAUACCAGUAUAUGAGCUUACAUCCAGACAUGGCCAGGAAAUUUGACACCACCAUGACUAAUCUUUCAAAGGUUGUUAUGAACAAAGUGCUGGAUAAGUACCAUGGGUUCCAAGGCAUUCCAUGUUUGGUAGACGUUGGAGGUGGCUAUGGCAUUUCUCUCAACAUCAUCAUCUCAAAGUACCCUUCUAUCCAUGGCAUUAACUAUGACAUGCCUCACGUUAUCCAAGACGCACCCUCUUUCCCUGGUAUCCAACACAUUGGAGGAGAUAUGUUCUCGAGCGUUCCUAAAGCAGAUGCCAUAAUGAUAAAGGAUGUGCUCCACAACUGGAACGACGAACGAUGCUUGAAACUGUUGAAAAACUGCUACGAGGCAUUGCCAGAGAGAGGGAAAGUCAUUGUGGUGAGUUACGUGAUGAUUGAUGAGCCAGAGGCGAGUGAUGGUGCUAAGUUUGUGUGUCAGAUGGACCUCCUAAUGGCAUUGCAAGGUGGAGCAAAGCAAAGAACAGAGAACCAAUUCAAGGACUUGUCCAAGGCUGCUGGGUUUUCAGACUUUCAGCUCAACUGUCGUAUUUUCAAUGCAAUUGGUGUCAUGGAAUUUUUCAAAUGA